GUUGGGUGAUUGUGGGUGCGUUCGACUGUGUUAAUGGGAGAGUGAUUGGCUGUAGUGGAGGGUUCGAUGGAGCUGCUUCAAGAUCUGGUCGAUGUAUCUUGAGGUCGGAUCAAGUAUUCACUUAUUCCAGUGUCUUGUUAGGUGGAUGGACCUUGAGAUGAUUCGUGUGGAAUGGUGCAGAUUGUGUGACUACAGUCUUCGCAACAAAGAGAAAAUUAUCUCUAAGACUGAUCAAAAUCCAUACCAACGGGAGCAUUCGUUUAAAUGUAAAGGGAUCCCCUAACAACAGGGUAUACACUCAUUCUGAGGAACGGAGGCUGCACGGCUCGAAUGGAUAUGGAACAAGCCAAAUGGGAAGGGUCUUGCCUUUACAAUUCCGGAGAUGCUCGGAGCGGCAGAUAUCUCAAGAUGCAACCGAGCAUACGAUAUAAAGAAGCAUUGUUCCUACUGUCAUUCAGGAUCUUCGUUAUCACCACUCCAGAGCGACCCUUGCUAUCCAGUCCACUACAUCGAGCACAUAUCACUCAAAAACCAUCAUACUACAAGAAGCACUACCAAUCAUCAACAUGCGCACAAGCACCAUCACAACCGUCCUCAUGGCCAUCACCACCACAGCCACCACCACAAACACCACCCUCAAAAACCAAACCCUCAACACAACCCAUACCCCCCACCACAACCAAACCGCCUUCAUGCUCAUCGCCGACGACGCCAUCCUCUCCAACGUCCCCAACACCUCCAUCACCAACCGUCUCGUCUUCAACAAAACCCAACUGCUAAGCAUCAUUACCAAUUCAAAUGCUACUAAUAGUACCGUUCAUGCAUAUCUCAUAGAUACUUGA